AAAAAAAAAAAAAAACAGGAAAUUCUGCAGAAACGAAAAGUCUGAGACGUUUUCACGUCAAAGCACAGUCAGGCUCGAAGUUGCAGUUCCGCAUCCAGGGGCAUGACUGGUCCAUCAAGUGACAACAUUGCCGACGCCGUUUAUUAAGUGGACGUGUCAAGACUUUAGCGCUACAGUUUCGACACCCACACUAUAUAUUUUACAAUUUUAAGUCACUGGAUGAAAGUAUGACUAGUAGAUGUGGCGCACAGCUGCAGCUCAUUACUUACACCAGCAACUGUGUAAUUCUAUAUAGACUCAAAGCUAAAGAAGAUGGCUUGCUUUGAUAGCAGUAAGGGGAGUUUGGAGGAGGACAGUUAUGAAGGAGCUGUUGGUGGAGAGCUGUCCGGCUGUGCCUUGGCCAUGCUGGAAAAGGAACGGGAGUCCCUUCUCAGCCCAUCAGAGAACCAUGGCACCUUCAACAGCAGCAGCUCCAGCAGCUUUCAGGCUGCCACCCCCCUGCAGGGCUACGAUGUAGAGUUUGACCCGUCGCUAGAGAGUAAAUAUGAGUGCCCUAUCUGCCUCAUGGCUUUGAGGAAUGCCGUUCAAACACCCUGCGGUCACCGCUUCUGCAAGAACUGCAUUGAGAAGUCCAUUCGUGAUACAGGACAGAGAUGCCCUGUGGACAAUGAAAUGCUGUCAGAGGAUCAGCUGUUUCCUGAUAACUUUGCCAAACGGGAGAUUCUGUCACUUACUGUUCGCUGCCCGAACUCCGGCUGUGCUGAUAAAAUGGAGCUACGACACUUAGAGAAUCAUUUGGCACUCUGUCAGUUUGCCACUGUGCCUUGCCCUCAGUGCCAACAGUCUGUGAGAAAGAGCCACGUAGAGGAGCACACAACUGUUGAGUGCCAAAGGAGACCCAUGUCAUGUCCAGAUUGUGUGGCAUCCUUUGUUUACGAGGAUAGAGAGCGUCACGAGCAGCAGUGUCCCUUUGCCAACGUGAAGUGCCAGUACUGUGAGAUGGAUCUCAUCAGAGACCAGAUUGAAUCUCAUUGUGAUACAGAUUGUCCAAAAGCACCCAUCGCCUGUAACUUUAGCACCUUUGGAUGUAAGGAGAGGAUGCAGCGCCACAACCUGGCUCAGCACAUGCAGGAGUUCACACAGAUGCACAUGCGCUACAUGGCCGAGUUCCUGCGUGGCCUUAGCCUCAAUGGCACCACACCCAAAUCCCUGUGGGCGCUCGGACCUUCUGUCUCUUCUGAGGAUCAAGGAGCUGCAGCAUUAGUACCGGCCUCUAGUGGGCCCAGAGGUCCUGUAAGCUGCAGCAGCAACUGUGCUCCAUCUCAGCCCAGUGAAGAGAUGCAGAGGAUCAGAGACAUGGAUGGACGAUUGGUGAAGCAGGAUCACCAGCUACGUGAGCUCAUCAUCUUUAAAGAAACACAGGUAGGCCAGCUUGCAGAGCUCAGGCGUAGGGUGUCAAUGCUGGAGGACACAGUGAGGGAGCUGGAGGCCCAGCAGUGCCACGGUAUCUUCAUCUGGCGCCUCAAAGGUUUCUCCGCUCACCUGCGGAACCAGGAAGCAGGCCUGCCGGUGGUGGAGCACAGCCCCGGCUUCUACACGGGCUGUCCGGGCUACAAGCUGUGCCUGCGUUUACACCUGCAGACCCCUAACGCCCCGCGCUGCUCCAACUACAUCUCCCUGUUUGUGCACACCAUGCAGGGAGCUUUUGACGCGCAACUGACCUGGCCAUUACAAGGCACCAUCCGGCUCGCCAUCCUAGACCACGGCCCCGAGGGUCAGCACCACAUGGAGGUGAUGGAAACGAAGCCAGACCUGCAAGCCUUUCAGAAGCCCACCAUCCUGCGCAACCCCAAAGGAUUCGGCUACGUUACCUUCAUGCACCUGCAAAACCUGAGCCAGAGAGCCUACGUUAAAGACGACACCCUGCUUAUCCGCUGUGAAGUGACGCCACGAUUUGACAAUAUGCCUCACCGCGAGGGACCAACAGUGCAGCCCAGAGGGCCUGAGGCAUCAGUUUCAAGGGACUAAAGUCAAACGCAUAUCUAUGACAGUGCGAUACAUCUCUCAAUGUCUCUGUACUUCUCAGUUGAUUUUAUUGGUUCACAUCAGGAGGAGGGAGAUUAAUGCUGACGGCCAUUUAAUAUUUGGAAACGGCAAGUAUACUAGUAUUUAUUUGUUUACCAACUUUUAAAUGUCAAAAUAGUUUUUGUUUCAAUAGAUAUGCACAUGCACAAUACGAUCCUUUUUUUUUUUUUUUUUUUUUAUUCAUUUUGAAAUGUAUGCAUUCACCUAUAUGGUACCAACAUUCACCAAGCCUCCUUUGUUCAAAUUGUGUAAAUAGCCAAUGUGUAAUCAGCUCAACAUAACCAGUUAAAGAGAUGUUCUCUCUGCCUGCAGACUGAACAUAACUACAAACUUUGCUCUCUUCUUGUGUUUGUUGGAGACGGUAUGCACCCUGUGGAGUUUUUGAUCUCUGCUGGCAGAUUGGAGCAGCGUUUUGGCAAGCAGAUCCCCAUUUCUAUGUUUUACCUCAUCGUCUACGACCACACACACACACACACACACACACACACACACACACACACACACACACACACACACACACACACACACACACACACACACACACACACACACACACACACACACACACACACACACACACACACACACACACACACACACACACACACACACACACACACACACACACACACACAGAUCCACUUGUAUGCAUUCUUAAUGACUGCAGGGGGAAGGAAUGAAAAUGAGUAGUGUAGGAAAGGCAAACAGGUGAAACAGCGCUGGGCUGUGUGGCAUUUUUUUAUUUGCAGUCGCCACGUUUGGGAUCGUGAGAAAUAUGAAACACUUGGGUCCAGAUCAUAUAAAAGAAAUGGCCGCACAACAAAGAAGUGCCACAAACGCACUGAAAUCACUCUUCUUAUCACAAUAUGAGACCUUAGUCCAACAAGAAUAAAACUUCUGGAAUAGCUCUAACAUUGUGCUAUUUUCAUGCCAAAAACAUGGAAGCCUGAAGAACUUUUUCAUGUCAGGUGAGCGGCUUCCAUUGGAAUAAAUGGGGCGCUGUUCAGUUCUGUUUAAUUUAUCUGUGGGUCACACAAGAUGCAGAGGAGCAUCAUGUCACCUGGGGGGAAUUGAAGCGGCAGACAAAGCAAAGAAACACAUCAUACCAUGUCCAUCAAAAACAGGAGGACAGUUUCAUGGCGGUAAUCAGCUGAGCAAAGCUCCAAGACAGGGUGAAGAAGAAGAAGACGACGACGACUAGUUCUUGUAUUUAAAGAUGGGAAAUACUGCAAGUUUCAAGAUAUUCAAAAGUCUGCUUUCCAAAUGUUUUGUGAGGAAGGAAGUGCAUUCGAUAGAUAUGUCCUGCCUCUGUGACGCGGUGUAUGUUGACUGUAAACAAAAACUCCACAGGGUGCUUUUUGUUUUGUUUUAAACUAAGGUCAGUGUAAAGAUUAGGAGUCUCAAUAGUCAAACUCAUGUUCUCCAAAUUCAACAUGUAAUGCUUCACUAUUUUUUUGACUGUAUAUUUUUGAUGAAUACGUUACAGCGAGUCACCGAGUUGCUCAUGUUGCUUUGGGCUGCCACAAACUCCUGCCUAAUGUGCCUCAUGUCACCUGUGCCUCAUGUCACCUGUGCCUCAUGUCACCUGUGCCUCAUGUCACCUGUGCUUAAUGUGCCUACUGCGCACUAUCAAAAGCAUUUCAACAGUAGACAUAAAUCCACCAUCAUGGUUCGGUGUCUUCAAUGUAAAACCCUGUUUAAGGCGCUAAGGCUGUUUAGCCUCCUCAGUAGAUUGUGUUAUGUAUUGGUGUGUCGCUGUUCAGUGAUGUGACUGUAUUAACAAUGAUAACUCUUAAUGUAAAUGAACAGGUUCUUAUUGUGAAUCUUAGCAUAUGAUCCAAUGCUGAUGGAAAUAGCCUCAAAUUAAAGUUGAGCAUACUGUC